UUUCUUCUAUUGAUAUUCUGUUAUUUAUAGCAGAAGCAAUACAACAUAACAUAGAACAUAAAGCCAUAAACAUGGAAGGGUGCAGACAUUCACCCAACCGGAGAGGAGAAACCAAGCUUUAUCCUUCUCAAUUUUCAUUCAAUUUCUUCCUUCCUUUUUAUAGAAGAAGGCUACGCAUAAAACAAUAAUAUUUUUCCACCUAAUACAAUAAUAAUUAACCAUGUAAAACAUUGACUAAAACGUUGAAGUUUGCUGCCAUUUCUUGUAGCCCAUGUAAAGCCCCAUACUGCUAUGACUUUGCUGCGACUGUGCAGUCAUGUUGCAUCAUCGUUUAGCAGAUCUCAUUUCAUUGCAUUUUCAGCUUUCAUGCCAUAACCCCAACAAAUUCAAUGACAGAGUUGGUUAGGCAAUUUUCAGGCUAAAUGUUGUUUCUGUUGAAUUUUUUCACAAAGAAAUGGAGAGAAAAUCAGGAAGAAGAUGAAGAGCAAAACCGAAAAUGGAGUGGACUUCAUUUGUUGUCAAUUUCAGCCUCCUUGCUGCCAUGAAAUGGCAACUUCAUCUCAUCAUUUUGCAGGUAAAAGGUCAUCUGACUGGAAGUUUAAACUAAUCCUCGGCAUUGCUCAAGGACUGGAAUACUUACAUAAAGGUUGUAACACAAGGAUUUUGCACUUUGACAUUAAACCCCACAAUAUCCUUUUGGACAAGAACUUUUGUCCAAAGAUCUCUGAUUUUGGUCUUUCUAAAUUAUGUGAAACAAGAGAAAGUAUUGUUUCAAUGAUGGGGACCAGAGGAACUUUAGGAUAUAUUGCUCCAGAGGUAUUUAAUCGAAACUUUGGAGGAGUUUCUUACAAGUCUGAUGUCUAUAGUUAUGGGAUGAUGGUGCUGGAAAUGAUUGGGGGAAGAAAGAAUGUUAAUGCAGAAGCGUCUCAUCCUAGUGAGAUAUAUUUUCCCUCAUGGAUUUAUAGGCAGAUUGAGAAAGCAGAAAAGUUGAAUCUUGACAGAGUCAUCGAUGAUGGAGAAGAAGAAGAAAUGACAAGGAAGAUGGUAAUAGUGAGCCUUUGGUGCAUCCAAACAAUUCCAUCAAAGAGACCAUCAAUGACUAAGGUGCUUGAGAUGUUACAAGGAAGCCUUGAAGCUUUGCCACUUCCACCGGAACCCUUGUUGUCUUCUCCAGGACCUGCAGUAAGAUCACCAAAAAACUCCUCCACCACAUCACCAGUCACAAUGCAGGGUAUUUCCGAGCACCCUUAAGAACGUUGCUCUAGUUCCUGGUUGGAUGCUCACAUGUAGUCGCUAGCAACAGUAGAAUUUUGCACAUCAAUAUUAUCUACCUGAUGAGGUUUUGUUAUGAGAGAUCUAAAAGAGAUCUGAUACACGAAUUCAUGCUAAAUGAAACUGUGUCAUUUAUCAUCAAGGACUAUGAUGGAAGAGUGAAUGACUUGGAUGCUCUACAGCUAAUAGUAUAGUUAUGUUAUAUUGUAUUAGUUGAAGUCAUGUGAUAUAAUUUAUCUUUUUGGAUUUUGGUAGAUAGGGGUCAGAACCACUUAAGUUUAUACAUUAUAAGAAGCAAAAGCUCCAAUAGCAGUAGAAAGAUAUCGGAUGAAGACGCAUGUUUGUCUUCUAUGUUUUCCCUCAAUUCCUUCUCUGUUUUCUUCUUCCUGUUGACCUCACCGUGCUUAUGUUCUUCUGAUCUCCAUCAAACUAGAAUACUUAGACCAAGCACCAAGUUUGUAAUAUAAGGUUUUACACUUCUACAUAAUAAAACCCCACAUAAUCUUUUAAUACUGCCCUUUUCCCAAGAUUGCUGAUUUUAGCUUUGCAAAAUCAUGCAAAACAAAGGAAAGCACUGUUU